AGAAAUUAUUCUUUCAUUUCAUACAGUAAUUGUCAUAGAUAGAAAUCAUUCUAUUCUAUCGAAUGGAAAACCUCUGACUUCUAUUUCAAUCUUCAUCCCACCUUCUUGGAAGUAUCCAGGUAAGUACGAGGUAAUUCAUCGGUAUUUGUUUGGACAACGACUACGAAUUUUUUGUUUAAACACAAGAGCAGGAAUGAAAAGAUACUAAUUCAUGGAGUAUAAUAUAAGUUCAGAGUAUCCUGCCAGCGGCUACAACAUACUGUACCUCCUCAAUAUGAAGAGAACAACACCAACAAAUUCUCUAAAAACAUUACUCCUCAAUAUGAAAAGGAAGAGAACAAAAACAAAUUCUCUCAAAUUUCAGUAUUUACCUGAUGAUUGUUGGGAACUUAUAUUCAAAAACAUGCGCAUUGAUGAUGAAGACUACCACUCUCUCUCCCUCGUCUCCAAACAGUUUCUCUCCAUCACAAACCGUCUCCGGUUCUCUCUCACUAUCAAAGACUGUCAAACAAUCCAAGAAGCACUCAACCUCGUCCGAAGAUUCCCCAACCUCACUUCCCUCCACCUUUGUGGCCAGGGUGGUGACCUCGAUGAGCUUCUCCGCCAAAUCUCUACUCUCUCGAUCAAUCUCACAUCACUCAAACUCUACGACCUACGCACCAUGCCUGCUAAUGGCUUACUUGAUUUCUCUCAAAAUAUUAAAACUUUAACUGAGGUCACAUGUUCAAAAACUGAAUAUCUUCGUACCACUCACAUGUUCCUCAUUGCCGAUUGUUUCCCAAAUUUGCAGCUCCUUGAUUUGAAUCAUUGCGAAGACAUAUCUCAAAAAGGUAUUUAUCGUGUUUUAUAUCGAUGUCGUAACAUUAGACAUUUGAACUUAGCCGACUGUUCUGGUGUGAAGCUACAUAGAAUGAUGAAGUUUCAAGUUCUUAAAUUGGAGGUGUUGAACUUGUCAAAUUCAACGGUUGAUGAUCGAACACUCAAUGUUAUUACAAAGAGUUGUACUGAGAUUUUGCAAUUGUCGUUGAAAUUUUGUGAUCAUGUCACGUAUGAAGGAGUGAAGCAUGUGCUACAAAACUGCAAACAACUCAGAGAGAUCAAUUUGAACGGUGUUAAAGAUGACACAAUUCUUUCUAAUCUUGCCUCAAUGGUGUUAUUAAGGCCAUCAUUGAGAAAGAUAACUUAUGGACUUGGGCAGUGUUGGGUUCCAUAACUGAAUUGAUUUGGGC